CAAAUAUAGCCGCGCGGCGAAGGUGAAGACUCAGUAAAAGUAGAGUUGAAGAAUUGUUGGCUUUUGGCGCCUUAUCCCUCUUCCCACCGCAUAUCCAUAACUUUGCACAAAACCAUCAAAAUUGAAUUUGACCCAUUAAAGCUCAUCCAAAGUUUCCACUUUGACUCUCAAAUUUCUCAUUACCCAGUUCAAGAUUGCCUCUUUCUUCAUCCAUGGCUAUGCCCCAAAACCUCAAACCCACUAUCACACCAUUCCUAACCUCCCCUUCAGUUUCAUUCAAAACCCAGAACAGCUCACUCUUCUUUGGCACAAUUACUUCAGCAAGUGACAACUACAGAACCCAGCCAGCACCAUUUUCAUUCAAAAGUCGCACUAACUCACAAUUCUUCAGCACCAGAAGACUGUUCCUCCCUUCAGUUUCUGGCAUCUGGGAUGCCUUAACUAGCGGUAACAAUGCCCGUGAAGCCGUUGCCGCGAUUCGACAUGGAAUGGUACUCUUUAGGCAGGGUGAUGUUUCAGGGUCUGUAGCAGAAUUUGACAAGGCAAUUGAGUUGGAUCCUCGCCAACAGGCAUAUCUUUGGCAAAGGGGGCUAUCGCUUUACUAUCUUGAUAGGUUUGAAGAAGGGGCAGAGCAGUUCCGAUUAGAUGUUGCACAGAAUCCAAAUGAUACAGAGGAGUCCAUUUGGUGCUUUCUAUGUGAAGCUCAAUUAUAUGGGACUAGUGAAGCAAGGGAACGAUUUCUUGAGGUUGGCCAAGAUCCGAGACCUGUUAUGCGAGACGCCUAUAACAUGUUUAAAGAAGGCGGUGAUCCAGAAAAGCUUGUUGCAGCAUUUUCAAAAAGCCGAGAGAGUGAUUACUUCUAUGCUUCUUUAUAUGCUGGGCUUUAUUAUGAAAGUCAGAAGAAAACGGAUGCCGCCGAACUUCAUAUUGUUACUGCGUAUCAGUCUCCUUAUGGACAGAGAUCUGAUGACUACAUGGCUUCUCUAGCCAAAGUUCAUUGUCUUUGUCGAAAGUGGAGUUUGAAUUGAAGUAUUUGGCUCAAGCUCAGUCAAUCUUAUGUUCAAGUUGGUUUAUCAUGUGUUCUGAUUCUCAUAUUAUUGUAAGGCAAUGUUGUUCAGUUGAAGUGGGUGUAGGGGCAACCUAAAUAUUAUUGAAGAGUGUGAAGUCCAUAUUGGAAA